AUGGAGCUGGUGGCGGAGCUAAGGGGCCGUGAUGGGCAAACACGAUCGGUGCGGGUACCGUGCCCGGCAGUGGAGGGUGAGGGCGGCCAGCUGCGCGGUGUACGGCAGGGCCUGGCCGAGCUGCAGCAGCGAGUGGUGGAGCUGCUGGCGCCCCUGGUGCAGGAAGAGAGAGAGACGGCGGCCGGAGGCGGGAAACGCGGUAAUGUCGAGGAUGACGACGAUGACGAGGAGGAGGAUGAAAGCGAAGACGAAAACAAUAUCGACACGAAUGCGAGCGCAGAUGGCCCUCCUCCAAAGAGGACUAAAGUUCAGCAGCCCUGACGGUGGCGUGAGCGAUGGAGUUUGUGCCUAGAAAGAGACGUUCCAGAUGUACCGGCUGUAAGUGUCCCCCGGGCGCGGGGCCCUGGGCGGGAGUAGGCCGCUCUGCCCAGUCACGCGUCUGCGUCUCUAGCUCGUGCUUCGGAAGUGAAAAGUCGAUCCCGACGCUCCUUUCAUAUGGAAGCCUUAACGAAGGGUGCACGUUGGCAUUAUCAGCGUGUUGCUUACAGGGUACCUAUGUUAUACUGAGAAGAAUUUCUAGUAAAGUAGUCGGCAAAUACAAAAUUGUUCUCACAAGUCUUCUGACCACUUCCUUUUAUAUGAUUACCCAAGUCGUAGUAUUUCUUUCUGUGACUUAAACCAGACUUCUAAAAUAAUAAAAUAUGGAUUGCUUUGUCAGAUAUGAUCUUAAAGUAGUACAGCUUCUAUUUUUAUUGAGAGAAAACAAUAUAAGAUUUUAGUCACCCAUCGAUCAAGUAUUUUCCUGGGAAGGGUCAGAGACAAAACAGAUGGAAAGAGCUGGGAAUCUUGGUUUCAAAAAUGCCUGGUUUUGUAACAGGAGAGUAACAAGUCAGUGUGACUUUGAUCGUUAUCUUUCUUUAAUAUUCCACAAUUCCACUGCUAUCUGUCCUAAGCCUGUGGGGCUUUUCCCCUCUCUUUUUUUCAUGCAGCAGUCAAUCUUGAUACAUGUUCUUCCAUCACUGAAUUUUAUCCAGGUUGAUUUUUAGGCUCAUUUGGUAGCUAUGCCGAAUGAAGUGCACAUCACAAUUUAAUAUUCUGUCUAUCCAGAACUCAUCACAUAAGAAAAAAAGAGCAGAGUGUUGUUUUUUUUUUUUUUUUGAGAUGUCAUCUGAAAAUAAAACUUGGGGCAUAACCUAAUAGAAGUGUAGCAGUGUUCUACACUGCUUGCUGUAGUUUAAUUUAGAUGGGGGAGAAUGCAUAAAUAUUCAAGUAACAUUUAUGACUACAUGAUGUACUGUAUAAAUCAUCACAACUCAAUCCCUCUGAUAAAGAAAUGUUCUUUCUUUUCAUGAUAAUUCAGCAUGUGGAGUAUCAUUAAAGUAACCUGCUUCUUGCAGGGGAAAAAGUUGACAGUGCUUCCUAUAUGCUACCUUAAUUCCCCCAAAACACCCUGACAGCUUGUGCAUACUAUGAGCCCAAGAGUCUUUUAGCAGGAGAGUGGCUGAUUUAAUAGUGUAAAAAGCAUUUAUUUUUUCACAUUUUCAUGUAUUUGGCUGGCAUAGUUUGAUGUAUUUUGGAAACAGCAGAUCUUGAGACGUGUAGAGGACAAAGUAUUGUAAUAAAUGAUGGAUUUUUUA